CAGGCUCAUCUGUCCUUUCUUGAUGGUUCUCAUCUCAUAGCAAUCAAGCCAAACCAAUUUCUUCUUGUUUCUUGCAGAGGAAUUGGAAACCAAACGAGCAGGGAUGGAAGCCUACCUGGGAGAAAACGGCAACAGGAGUCUUGCUAGCAUGGACGCCGUGAUUGGCCCACGCAACUACAGUGACCCGUCCGGCAUGUUCUCCGGUCUCCAGCUUCUCCUGCGCUUCAAGCUGCUCUUCAUCCCACUCUACUGCCUCCUGGUGGCCGUGGCCUGCAUAGGCAAUGUCUUCUUGUUGGCCUGCAUCGUGACCGAUAAAAAGCUACACAACGCCACCAACUUCUUCAUCGGGAACCUGUCUGCUGCUGACCUGCUCAUGUGCCUGUGUUGUGUGCCUUUCACCGUGUCCUAUGGCUUUGAGGCUCGUGGCUGGCUCUUUGGCCGGUUUAUGUGCCACUUUGUCGUACUCAUGCAGGCCGCCACCGUCUAUGUGUCAGUAUUGUCCUUGACCGCCAUCGCGGUGGACCGCUACGUGGUGGUGGCGUACCCCAUUCGUCGUCGGAUCACACUCAAGUGUUGUGGGAUGGUUGUGUUGGGCAUCUGGGUGCUUUCCAUAGUUCUGGCUGCUCCUACGUCGGUUCACACCAGCUACCUGGAUCUGCACCAGAUUGGCCACGACCUGUGUGUGUGUGAGGAGUUCUGGAUAGGCUCGGAAAAGCUAAGGCUGCUCUACUCUUGUCUGAUGCUUCUCAUGUCCUACAUGAUCCCCCUGCUCUCCGUCACUGUAUCUUACUGCGCCAUCACGGUUCAUCUGAAGCACCGCUGCCUACCAGGAGCUGUGGAGCAGAACCGGGCCAAAUGGAACAAGAAGAAACGCAAGACUUUCAGGCUCCUGGUCACUUCUGUUCUGGCCUUCGCCCUCUGCUGGCUCCCUCUGCAGGUCCUCAACCUGAUCCGGGAUCUUGACGUGGAUUUCAGCAUCAUAAACAAGCACUACAUUAACGUGAUCCAGUUCUCCUGCCACCUGGUGGCAAUGAGCUCCUCCUGCUACAACCCCUUCAUCUACGCCUCGCUUCACCACAAGUUCCGAGUCCACCUGCAGGGUUACCUGCGGCCCCGGAAACGCCGCCAGAGCAGCCUGCUGUCCCUGCGCGCCUCCCGCUACAACAACAACAACACCACCUGCCUGAGCCUCGUCUCUGAGCAUCCGCCCAGGGACGGGAGGGUGCUGCCAAGCGGAAUGGCCAAUGCUGUCUAAUUGCCAGGUUUGUGCGGAGACCGGUCGUGAAACUGCAGCCCGGUGUCCGACAUGUUGUCUCAAACCCCUCUGGGGGGGGAUUUGUUGCUGGUUGCCGACUGCUUUUUUUUUGUGUGUGUGUGUGUUUGAGCCACAAUGGCGACAGUUUCAUAACCUCCUCUACUGUGUGAACGUCGUUCUCGUCUUCCCAGGUGACAGUCGUAGAGACAGUAGGGAGUGGUUGCAGACUGCUUCUGACAGGGGCCAGUUCGAGAAAAGGGAUUAUCAAUUUUCAACAGGACUCAUUUAAAUAGAUUCAAAUGACGCUUUCACAUAUUCUUGCAGUUUGUUAUGACGUUGCAAUAGUUUUAAAAGUACUUUUCAUUCCAGUUAAUCAAAUAUUGAGCUUAAUUCAAUUUGUUAUAUAAUCUGUGUUAACUAGUGGCUUUGAUGUAAGUUUAGGAGUGGUUCGUGAGUUGUAGUUGCCAUAUAUAAAAAAUACAUACCAAAACAGCAAAUAGUCUGUUUUAGGUUUUUUUGUGACUCGCGUUUCCUUUUGUAAUGCUCUCUGUACACAACACUUAGUCACUUGGCAGAUAUCUUAUACUAUAGACAUAUUAAAAUCAGCGAACUACAGCUGAUAGCUGCUCCUGAAUUCGGGUUGUUAAAAAUAAAUAAAUAAAACUGAACCGUGUUUAUUUAAAUUGAAGUUGCCCGGAAUUCAAGUCACACUCCCAAAUUCGAAAAAGACCACGAAUGCAAGUACAAUUAUUAUUAUUAUUAUUAUUAUUAUUAUUAUUAUUAUUAUUAUUAUUAUUAUUAUUAUUUCUAAGAAGAUGUCAAAUUACAGAGAAGAGCAGUUAAUACAAUUAAGAUUAAUUGUAAAUGAAAAAAAAAAAAAACCCCACAAAAAUCAAAUUUGGGGGGGGUCGGCAGUCUUAACUUUUACAAGGGAAAGACUGCCGACCAUACAAGUGGCAUGCCUGUGAUAACGGUAUGGGUUCUUGGUCUAUCUCCGGGACAAAUUGUAAAACCAUCAAUCUGGAAUUGCUAAAGUGAGUUGAAGUCGGUGAAUUGAUUAAUGGAUGUAAAAAAAAAAAAAAAAAAAAUCUUAUUUAAUAGUUUAAAAACAGGUAUUUAAAAGUUUCCACGGAUGCACUAUCAGCUUCUUCUGUAUGUACGUGUAUGUUCUGUAUUUAUCUAUGUGUUAUUUCAGUCGGGUGAGGCCACUGACAAUCAGAAUUGUAUGUUUCCUUCAUUUUGUGUCAAAACUUUAAUAAACUGUUAAACUCCAACGUCAUGCAUUGAAGUAAUCGAAACUACAGAAAGUUUGCUAAGAUUACGUAAUACUGCACUUCACCAGAUUAAAUGUAUGCGCUGUUCUCUACAGCUGUGGCCAAAAAUUUUGGAUCCCCCUAUAGAAUUAACUCAUUUUGCUUCAUA